UAAAUGCCCUUUCAAAAUGCGAUUCUCACCCCGGGAAGAGGGCAACAAGGGCAACACCUGACAUUCAUUGCGCUAAUCCCGUGGCAUGUCCCUCCACCAUCAAGUAUGUGGACGUAUAAAAGAGCCCAUGAGUUCCCUGAAUCGAUUUUCUCCAGCAUCUUUGCGACCCACCUCGCCUGAUACCCCAGUAGUUUCUACCCUAGAUUUUCAUAGCGUCUUGUGGUACCCGUGCUGGCUCACGAUACUUGAAGUCUACACUAUCCUCAAUAGACCUUCCACCUUGUCCUUCUUUAGCCACAUACAUACUACACACAGCACCACCUUCAGUCAUCAUGAAGCCAAGUUAUUUCGCCAACCCACUGUAUUUUCUCUUGCCAAUGCUAGCCAGCGCAGUACCAGCCCCGAUUACGGGACGAGAUGUUGCCAUCACGCCCGCAAUGAUCGAAGCUGUCGCGCCGAAGUCGAAAACUUGUGACAGUAGCGGGCAGUACGCUACGGAGUGUGCCGACUCUCAAAAGGCAGCCAAGCAUCUAGCCAAGUCCUUUGAGACUUAUAAGAUCACAUCGCCUGCUGAACAGGCGGCAAUCAUCGGGUUGGUGGCUUUUGAGAGUGGUGAAUUCAAGUAUAACAAGGGCCAUUUUGGGGAUGUUGCGGAGGGAAAAGGCACGCGCAACAUGCAGUCCGCCGAUUACAAUACUCAAUAUGCAAAGUCGCUCGAUGACCUCAAAGUUAAGCCCGAAGUCAUCUCCAAAAACGUGGGAAAGAUUCUCGAACUUCUGAUUUCGAAUGACGAGUAUGAUUUUGGUUCUGGAGCCUGGUUUCUGGCCAAUGUAUGUUCCAGUACUGUGCGGCAAGAGCUGCAAAAUGGUUCAAAGGUGGGAUGGCAGCGCUAUAUCACCACAUGUGUGGGGACCGAGGCCAACGACGCUCGGGAAGUUUAUUGGCAGAGUGCAAGGAACGCGUUGGGCGUCCAGAGUUCUUGAGCCCUGUCGAUGUGUUCAAUAUACUGCGUAAGACAGUGGGUCUAGACACCGCCGUAUCCAUAGCCAUGUCACACUUCGUUUCUCGAUACUUUCCCCUUGUCCUUAGCUGUUACUGACAAGAUACCAUUAUUCCACGAUCAUUAAUUAAAA